AUGGAUGCCUCGGACGACAGCGAGAUAAAAUUAGAAGACUCCGACGACGACGACGAGAUUAAGGAGCAGGGAUCCGGCCGCGAGAUCAAGACUGAGGACUCUGACGACGACGAGAUAAAGGAGGAAGAGUCUGACAACAACAACAACAACAACAACAACAACAACAACAACAACAACAACAACAACAACAACAACAACAACAACAACAACAACAACAACAACAACAACAACAACAACAACAACAACAACAACAACAACAACAACAACAACAACAACAACAACAACAACAACAACAACAACAACAACAACAACAACAACAACAACAACAACACCAACAACGCCCCAUCUAUCAAGGAAGAAUACGACUGCAGCUCCGACUACGGAAACGAGCGGUCUUUCAGAGCGGAUGCUCUUGCUUCUGACUACAGCUCUAGCUCUGACGAGGAGGAUAUCAAGUCGGAGUAUUCUUCUGACCACGGAUUAGACCGAGAAGACGACCUCCUCGACGAUCACAUUGAAGAUGAUGGAAACUUCCCAGAUCUCCCCAACGCGACCGGCUCCCAGUCUAACCCUGCCGAUGCCGAAGAUGAACACGAACGUACCGUCUUUGAGAAUUUAACUGCCAGCGAAGAGGAGGUUCAUGGGUUACCCUUCUCAUACCAUGACCAUCGGUUGACCGUGGCGGCCGCAGCCAGGGAUCGUUACGAUUUCCUCGGGUCUUUCCCAGGGUAUCAUGAGUUGGACGCGGUGACCUCGGUGAGGAUUGGGGGAGACUUGCCCAGAUUUCCGUUCUUGGACGGACAUGGCGAGCGGCCUCUGAGUGCUGAGGAUGACGGGUUGUGGGACGUGCUUGCCGGGGAGGAGGAUGACUGGCGGUUUGAGCAGGAUGGUUUUAUGGGGGGUGAUGUGCUUGAUGACUCUGUUUGGGAUGAGUUUGGUGGGGAGGAUGAGGUGUUGAGGUAUGAGGAGGAGUAUUUGGGGGUGCAGAUGGUUGGGGAGUUCGAGGGGGUUUAUGUUGAGGAUGGGGUCACGGAUGCGUUUGAGCUGGGGUGUGAGGGUGGGGAGGGGGAUUUUGAGGAUGAGGAAGAUGAGAUUUAUUGA